CGUUUCUCGUAUUGCAGGGUAGAACAGAUGACAUCAAUGGAGGGAGUGAUUUGGAGGUAUUUGAGCCUGGUCACCAUCUGCUGCCUGGCGUCCGGAUUCCACAUCUCGCGGAACAGUCAAGAAGACUCCUUCCUACGAGCCGCUCUACCAGGAUACAUGGAAGACUACAAUUUGGAAGACAUCCCAGGGGACAGGAAAGAAGUUGACGAUGUCUCAUCCAUAUAUCACCCAGAGAGUUGGAGGGAGGCGGAGUGGAUGUACCUUCCGAAGAAGAAGUCUCUGUCGACCUUGUUAACCCUCCUUCAUCCGUUGACGUUCAAGAGGAUCAUGCAGCGCUCGGAAUCACCCCGGAACACCGUUCACCAACCCUUCCGAUUCGGACGACGUCGGCGCUGACACUCGUCAUCUUUCUUCUUUCCGUUUCUCUCCCGUGUACCAUAGACCCUCGCUAGUCGUGUCCCCCGUCUCGAUUCUCCCGAUCUGAGAUGUUUAAAAGAUAUUUUUGCCGUUUUUCUCCUGCUGCUGGUGGCUAGGCAGACAAGAAUCGCUUGAGGAAAUUUGCUCGUCUCGUUCUCGUUUCCGUCAUCCUGCAAUCAAACAUUUUCUGUGUGAACUCAUUUCAGGCAAUAAACGGGUCUUAACA